GGACCGGUGGCGGCGGGUGCGCGCGACGCUGGGUCGCUCGCGCGCGGUGGGGCGGAGAAGGUUGCGGUCGUUUCGUCGUCUGUGUCCUUUCGCGAACUUCUGGGCUUCCGGCUUUUCCGAAGUUCAUUCUUGCGGAGAGCCCAAAAGCCGAAAAGCUGUCCACGAUGAGCUUCAUGAGUCAGAAUCUGCGGGAGGUGAUGAAGGCCCUGGCCAAUGCUGGCGGUUUUGAUAAAAUUUUGGAAAAGGUGACUCUUGUUUCUGCUGCUCCUGGGAAAGUGAUUUGUGAAAUGAAAGUAGAACAACAGCAUACCAAUAAAAUGGGCACUCUCCAUGGUGGUUUGACAGCCACCUUAAUAGAUACCAUAUCAACAAUGGCUCUGCUAUGCACAGAAAGGGGAGCACCUGGAGUCAGUGUCGAUAUGAACAUAACGUACAUGUCACCUGCAAAACUAGGAGAAGAUGUAGUGAUUACAGCACAUAUUCUGAAGCAAGGAAAAACACUGGCAUUUGCCUCUGUGGAUCUCACCAACAAGGCCACAGGAAAAUUAAUAGCACAAGGCAGACACACAAAACACCUGGGAAACUGAGAACAGCAGAAUGACCUAAAGAACCCCAACAAUGAAUAUUAAGUAUAAAUUUGACUUGAAAAAAUGUAAUUUUGAGAUAAAUUAGCCAAGUCAUAUUUUCUUUGGGUAAACAGACCUAGAGAUCAAGUAGGGUGGAAAGUGUCUGUUUUUUCAUUUUAAACAUCGUUUUAUUUUUUUUAAAUCAUAUGUAUGAUAACUGGGUGAAAAAUUCUUAGUUCAAAGUGUUUUGAAAACUUACGCAAACCAAAGACGCUAGCAGGGUCAUUCUUUAAAACUAAAGAUCAAUAUUAAGCUAAAAGAGAAAUACAAAUUAAUGGUUCUUAAUCUGUUUGGGCUGCUGUAAAAUACCCUAGACUGGCUAGCUUAUAAACAAUAGAAAUUUCUCACAGUUCUGGAGAUUGCGAAGUCCUGGGUCAAGGCUCCAGCAGAUCCUGUGUCAGGUGAGGCCUGCUUCCUAGUUCACAGAUGAUGCUUUGUGUGUCCGUUUAUGAUGGAAGGGGCAAAGGAGCUCUCUGGGUUCUCUUUUGUAAGGGCACUAAUCCCAGUCACGAGGGCAAAGUCCUCAAUUUGCUAUCCCCAAACCCCAUCUAAUACCAUCACUUUAGGGGUUAGGAUUUCAACAUAGAAAUUUUGGUGGGACAAAUUCAGACCAUAGCAAUGGUCAAUCAUGAAUUGUAGGUCCUUUCAAGCCCUACAAUGCCAUGCCAUUUGCUUUCCUUUCUUAAAAUGAUGUAACUUCAAAACAGAUGUACCAUACCCCAUAUUGGGAAAUAAAAGAUUGAGCCAUA